AUAUUUAUAAACAAUGAAAACCGUAGAUAAUUAUUGAUAUUAUUAUGUUAUCAUUUGAUUGAUAAAUAUGUAAAUCGCAUUUAUAUUUUAUAAACGCAGUACUCCAGACCAGUAGCCCAGUACCGAAGAUUUUAUUGGUUGACGUUGAGAUUGAGUGUAUUUCUAUGAAGAAAUUUGGGGUUUUAUUUUAUUCCUAAUAUACUAACAUUAGUUUUGAGCAAAAUGUGGGGGAAAAUAUUCUUUUGUUUUAGUUUUAUACAGGUAUCUUUAUCAGUUUACUAUUAUCAGCCGGAACAAAUCCAUAUCGCCUAUGGAAAUAAUAUUUAUGAUAUUGUGGUAACUUGGUCCACCUUUGAUGACACAAAACAGUCCCUAGUUGAAUAUGGCAUAGGAGGUUUAGUUCUUACAGCUAAUGGGACGUCGUCAUUAUUUGUAGAUGGGGGUAAAGAGCAGAGAUCACAACACAUUCAUUCUGUUGUCCUAAAGAACUUAACACCAGGAAGUACAUAUCUGUAUCAUUGUGGGAGUGACUUGGGAUGGUCAAAUAUAUUUACCUUCAAAACGGCUCCAAAUUCGCCAGACUGGCAGCCGCAUUUAGCUGUUUAUGGAGACAUGGGUAAUGAUAAUGCUAAAUCUUUAACUAGACUACAAGAAGAAACUCAGAGAGGGUUGUAUGAUGCCAUUCUACACGUUGGAGAUUUUGCAUAUGAUAUGGACUCAGACAAUGCUCUCAUUGGUGAUGAAUUUAUGAGACAAAUAGAACCGGUUGCAGCAUACGUUCCGUAUAUGACUUGUCCUGGAAAUCAUGAAGAGGCUUACAAUUUUAGUAACUAUCGAUACAGAUUCUCGAUGCCUGGUGGUCUAAAUUCACCCAUGUACAGCAUUAACAUUGGUCCGAUGCAUAUUAUCUCUAUAUCUACAGAGGUUUAUUAUUUCCUGGACUACGGCAUUAAACCUCUCGUAUUCCAAUACGAGUGGCUGGAACAAGACUUGGCAACGGCGAAUUUACCCGAAAACAGAGAAAAGCAACCAUGGAUUAUAGUGAUGGGUCAUCGCCCUAUGUACUGUUCCAACACUGAUCAUGAUGACUGUACACAUCACGAAACCAUAACAAGAGUAGGAUUGCCUUUCUUACAAUUCUUCGGAUUGGAAAACUUGCUUUACAAUUAUGGAGUCGAUUUAGCUAUAUGGGCCCAUGAGCAUUCUUAUGAAAGGCUGUGGCCUGUUUAUAAUUACACCGUUUACAAUGGGAGCUACGAGCAGCCUUACGUAAAUCCAGGGGCUCCUGUACAGUUCACCACUGGCUCGGCCGGCUGCGAUGAAGGCACAGACAGUUUUGUUAAAGACCUACCCGAAUGGUCAGCGUUCAGAAGUAGCGACUACGGAUAUAGCCGUCUCAAGGUUUACAAUUCAUCACACAUGCAUCUAGAGCAGGUUUCUGAUGAUAAAAGCGGGGAAGUGAUCGAUGCCUUCUGGAUAGUCAAGGAUAAACACGGAUUAUACCCGCACUCAAAAAUGGAUUGGGCGAAAGUUGACAGUAUGAGAUUAAAAUCGAUGAACCGUGAUAGUAUAUAUAAUUCUAAAUAAAAUCAAAGAUUUACAUGACAUUUAGGCCCGGUUUUUCAGUGAGCGGUUAAAAUUUUGGUUAGCUAACCUAGUUUAAAUUUUAACCAAUAUUUUAACCCUCAUAGCGUUUUUCAGUGCUCUAAAUCAAGUUAAGAAAAUCUCGGUUAGCUAACCACUUUUUUUCUUCUGUUGGCAGCAGUAACUGUACGAGCGCAUGUGCAAUUCGAGAAAUAAUGAUAAUUUGACAGAAAAAUAAAUAAAAAACAACUUCAUAACCAAAUUUAAAAAAUGAUUAAUGCAAUGCAAUAUCAAGUUCGGAAUCUUUGUUUAGUUCAUAACGUCUAACUCGGUUUCAUAACAGAAAAUAAUUCGAAUUACUGGGACGAUUUAGACUUUUUUUCCGGUUUUGUUUGUCAAAGACCACGGUCUUAUCACUAUUUGAACAGAUUGACCAGCAAUUAAGAAGUCGGACUGUUUGGUAAAUAAUUAAGUAUUUUGCUGUGUAGACAAAUAUAAAAUAAUCUUUUUAAAAAUAUUACUAGGAAUAAUGCAUUAAAUCCUGUUACAGUAAGUGUAAACGUAGGUACCUGUUACAGUUAUAUUUAAAUAUAUUUCCUUAUAAUUCCUUCCUAUAUAAUAACGAUAAAAAUUUAUAAUUUCAAUAAUAAUAAUUUCCUUAUAAUAGUAAGGAGGUAUUAGAAUACUUCCCGCGAUAAAAGAAAAUAACAUAACCCAACUAAUCCCUUCUCUCAGACAGGUUGGCAGGUACUCAAAAAAUAAACAUGAUGCAUUCACUGCACCAAUGCGCAAGCGUAACCACAAAAUUCGGAGUUAAACCAUCUAACGAGGAUCGGUUAAAAUCGUGGUUAACUUAAACGAGUUUAAGCUCUAAUCUAGUACUGAAAAACUGAUUAAACAUGAAUAUUUCGGUGACCAAAAAAUAAAUCGAUUAACCCAGCACUGAAAAACCGGCCCUUAGAAAAGUAAAUUUUGUAUAAAGUAGUUAAAUUGUAAUUUAAAAUUAAAAGUCUAUCAAAAAUACAAUUUUAUUGCCAUCUAGACUUUAAUAAUAAAUUCAGAAGUUGUUAUAGAUAGAGCAUAGCUAAAAAACGUGAGGUUAUUGCUGAAUACAUCAUUCUAUUAAUCAAAAUAAUAUAAUAUUGCAAAAUUUUACGUUAACAAUAUACUUUACUAUUUUAUUUGAGAAUAAAACCACAAUUUAAGUUUAAAAUUAAAUUUAUUUGACGUUUCGACGUCCACUUCGGAAAUCGAAAUCAAAAUACAACGAUUUCCGAAGUGGAAGUCGAAACGUCAAAUAAAUUUACCUAAUUUUAAUCUUAAAUAAUUGUGGUUUUAUUCCAAGAUAAAAUAGUAAAUUACAUAUGGUUGGUACAGUAUAAAUACCGGUACACGUCAUUAUCUACGUCAGAGAUCUAAGUUGACAUAGUUGCCAAAUUACAAAAAAAAUUCUGAAUUCAUUUUAAAUCAAAUACAUCAUAAUAUAUAAUUAUUUCAGAAGUGUGCAUACAACAAAACAAACCGUGCCCCCCUGGCUUUUCGGGUGCUGUUAACUAUAUAUGGUUAUCCAAAGAACACAAAAUAUAAUGUGCAACAUCUUCACGUCUGCCCCACCCCCUGAAAAUUUUUAUAUGGGCUUCCGUGAUCUUUUGUGCUAUUUUGUCGGUUAUUAGCGCGCUCAUCACUGUAUAAAAUAUUCAAUAAAGUAGAUAAUAAAAACAAAUAUGAAGUGUCAACACCGCAACUGUCAAAUAAGUGUUACCAAUUUAUGCCAAAAUAUCACCUUCGCUCGAUCACAGUUGUGAUCCGGACAAAUAUGCUUCGUAAUCCACUUAUACAGAUUAAAUGAAACAAGUUAUGGUGCAUUUCUUUAAUAGGCCUUGGGCCCGCAUAUACAAUUAUUAUUUAUGACCACACCGUUGAAACUUUUUGUACUUGUUAUUUGGGUGGAGUCGGACAAAUUUUGAGCUUGGCGCAUUAUGGUAGUGGGGCGUUUGUCUGUCAAGCGGUGACGAAGUUGUCAAUUUUAUGCAAGAAAAAAAUUUAUUACCACAUUGGUCAUUCUAUUGUAAUCAAUGGAUUUUAUCAUAUAAACAACGAAAACAAUUUUGUCGGACAAAAAUAUUGGGGCAUAUGACGCGUCGGACACGCUAAAUAUGUCAAAUUUAUGAAAAUAAUAAAUUUAUUACCACAUCGAUAAUUUUAACGGUAUCUAUCAUAAAACCUUUUUACAAUAAUGUGGUAACCUUGUCGGACAAUUUUCACGGGGCAUAUGCGCAGUCGGACGCGCCGAAGAUGUCAAUUUCCUGAAAAUUUUUUAUUUAUUACCACAGAUGUCAUUUUUAUUUUGUACUGUUCUUUUACAUGUGUAAUGCAUAUUGGAUCACUUGUCGGACAAAAAUAAUGGGGCGUUUUGGUACAAUUAAAAGAAAAAGUAAUUUUUAUGCAUACAGGGUGUUUGGUAAAGAAUGGGCCAUAGCUUAACCUCAGGUUCCUGAGGUUAAAAUAGGCCGAUUUAAGCUAACUUACCUUAGUACAAAGUUUAUAAUAGCCGAGAUACAGGGUGUCAAAGUUAAACUUUUUUUUUAUUUAUUAUUGAAUAUUUCCUGAUAGGUAUGAGAUAACAACAUGAAAUUUUAUAUCUGGAGGUUUCUUGAGUCGAGAAAUCUAAAUUCCUUACCAAAAAUUAUGCAUUGCCCAGAGGGCGCCACAUAUGCCUUUCAGCACUUAUUUAUUACGUUUAAUUUUUUUAUCCCUCACUCUGUAUAAUUUUGACAUUAAAAUUUUUAUUUUCCUAUUAGUUUUACUUAAAAAAGGUAUACUUCUUUCAUCUUCCUAAACUCAACCGUUUUCGAGAUAAACGCAUUUUAAAUAUGCGAUACACCAUCAUUUUUAGCAUAAUAUCAUUGUAGUUACACCCAAAAAAUAACUUAAAAUUUAUGAAAAUAAUAAAUUUAUUACCACAUGGAUAAUUUUAACGGUAUCUACCAUAAAACCUUUUUACAAUAAUGUGGUAACCUUGUCGGACAAUUUUCACGGGGCAUAUGCGCAGUCGGACGCGCCGAAGAUGUCAAUUUCCUGAAAAUUUUUUAUUUAUUACCACAGAUGUUAUUUUUAUUUUGUACUGUUUUUUUACAUGUGUAAUGCAUAUUGGAUCACUUGUCGGACAAAAAUAAUGGGGCGUUUUGGUACAAUUUAAAAAAAAAUUAAUUUUUAUACAUUUUUGACUUCAUAUUAAAUUACGUAUUUUUCGGCUCAUAUUACCCGUAUGCGCGCCAAUGGUGAAUAUUAAAUUCAUUAAAUGGUGAAUAUAAAUAUUAGAUUUUUUGAUUUAGAAUAUAACUACUUAUAACCUGAUACUUGUGUCGGAAAUUUUUUUUAAUUGGAAAAAAAAACUACAGAACGAUGUUUGUCGUUGUUCAAGCAGUAUGUAAGCAAAUAUCAGAUCACAAUUUUUCUAAAAUUUUCAGCUCUACGUCAUACCCUUUUAAAUGUUUUACUUAGCGUGUGUACCAAUUUUGAGCUAAAUCGAUUCAAAAAUAACCGAGAAAACUCUUUUAAAAUUUUUUGAUAUUACUUUCUCGUCGAUAGCCUAAAAGAAUUAAGUUUUCUCUUCGUUUGCCCCAAGAUUUUUGUCAAACAAUUACAUUUUUUGUUUAAGGAUAUAAUUACUUGUAACUAACUACCUUUGUCGGAAAAUGGUUGUAAAGAUAAGGGAUACACGAACCCAGCAUAAUUUAAAAGUAUAGUUUAUCAAUAAAAAUUAAAUUUUUUGUCUGACUUUGGAUUUGCCCCAAUAUUUUUGUCGGACACUUAGAUUUUUUGAUUUGGAAUAUAACUACUUAUAACCUGAUACAUGUGCUGAAUUUUUUUUUUAAUUCGAGAAAAAAAUACAGAACGAUGUUUGUCGUUGUUCAAGGAGUAUGUACACAAAUUAUCGGAUCACAAUUUUUCUAAAAUUUUCCCUCUUGUCGGAAAAUUUUUUAAGAAAAUUUUGGGUUCCGAUCUACGUCAUACCCUUUUAAAUGCUUUACUUAGCGUGUGUACCAAUUUUCAGCUAAAUCGAUUCAAAAGUAACCGAGAAACACUGUUUUAAAUUUUUUUUUUGAUAAUACCUCCUCGUCGAUAGCCUAAAAGAAUUAAGUUUUCUGUUCGUUUGCCCCAACAUUUUUGUCAGACAAUUACAUUUUUUGUUUAAGAAUAUAAUUACUUGUAACCUACUACUUUUGUCGGAAAAAUGGUUGUAAAGAUAAGGGAUGCACGAACCCAGCAUAAUUUGGAAGUAUACUUUACUAAUAAAAAUUAAAUUUUUUGUCCGACUGUCGAGUUGCCCCAAUAUUUUGGUCCGACACUUUGAUUUUUUGAUUAAGAAUAUAAUUACUUAUAACCUACUAAUGUUGUCGGAAAAAUGGUUUUAAAGGUAAGGGUUGCACGAACCCAGUAUUGUUUAAAAGACAGUUUAUUAAUAAAAAUUAAAUUUUUUGUCCGACUUUGGAUUUGACCCAAUAUUUUUGUCGGACACUUAUAUUUUUUGAUUUAGAAUAUAACUACUUAUAACCUGAUACUUGUGUCGGAAAUUUUUUUUAAUUGGAAAAAAAACUACAGAACGAUGUUUGUCGUUGUUCAAGGAGUAUGUACGCAAAUAUCAGAUCACAAUUUUUCUAAAAUUUUCCCUCUUGUCCGAAAUUUUUUUGGGAAAAUUUUGGGUACAGCUCUACGUCAUACCCUUUUAAAUCUUUUACUUAGUGUGUGUACCAAUAUUCAGCUAAAUCGAUUCAAAAAUAACCGAGAAAAUCUGUUUUAAAAUAUUUUUGGAUAAUACCUCCUCGUCCAUAGCCUAAAAGAAUUAAGUUUCCUGUUCGUUUGCCCCAACAUUUUUGUCAGACAAUUACAUUUUUUGUUUAAGAGUAUGAUUACUUGUAUCCUACUACUUUUGUCGGAAAAAUGAAUAGUUUAAAAGUAUAGUUUAUUAAUAAAAAUUAAAUUUUUUGUCUGAAUUUGGAUUUGCCCCAAUAUUUUGUCGGGCACUUAGAUUUUUUGAUUUGGAAUAUAACUACUUAUAACCUGAUACAUGUGCUGAAAAUUUUUUGUUUAAUUCGAGAAAAAAUACAGAACGAUGUUUGUCGUUGUUCAAGGAGUAUGUACACAAAUUAUCAGAUCACAAUUUUUCUAAAAUUUUCCCUCUUGUCGGAAAAUUUUUUAAGAAAAUUUUGGGUUCCUAUCUACGUCAUACCCUUUUAAAUGCUUUACUUAGCGUGUGUACUAAUUUUCAGCUAAAUCGAUUCAAAAGUAACCGAGAAACACUCUUUUAAAUUUUUUUUUGAUAAUACCUCCUCGUUUAUAGCCUAAAAGAAUUAAGUUUUCUGUUCGUUUGCCCCAACAUUUUUGUCAGACAAUUACAUUUUUUAUUUAAGAAUAUAAUUACUUGUAACCUACUACUUUUGUCGGAAAAAUGGUUGUAAAGAUAAGGGAUGCACGAACCCAGCAUAAUUUGAAAGUAUACUUUACUAAUAAAAAUUAAAUUUUUUGUCCGACUGUCGAGUUGCCCCAAUAUUUUUGUCCGACACUUUGAUUUUUUGAUUAAGAAUAUAAUUACUUAUACCCUACUAAUGUUGUCGGAAAAAUGGUUUUAAAGGUAAGGGUUGCACGAACCCAGUAUUGUUUAAAAGACAGUUUAUUAAUAAAAAUUAAAUUUUUUGUCCGACUUUGCAUUUGACCCAAUAUUUUUGUCGGACACUUAGAUUUUUUGAUUUAGAAUAUAACUACUUAUAACCUGAUACUUGUGUCGGAAAUUUUUUUUAAUUGGAAAAAAAAACUACAGAACGUUGUUUGUCGUUGUUCAAGGAGUAUGUACGCAAAUAUCAGAUCACAAUUUUUCUAAAAUUUUCCCUCUUGUCCGAAAUUUUUUUGGGAAAAUUUUGGGUACAGCUCUACGUCAUACCCUUUUAAAUGUUUAACUUAGUGUGUGUACCAAUAUUCAGCUAAAUCGAUUCAAAAAUAACCGAGAAAAACUGUUUUAAAAUAUUUUUGGAUAAUACCUCCUCGUCCAUAGCCUAAAAGAAUUAAGUUUCCUGUUCGUUUGCCCCAACAUUUUUGUCAGACAAUUACAUUUUUUGUUUAAGAGUAUGAUUACUUUUAUCCUACUACUUUUGUCGGAAAAAUGGUUGUAAAGAUAAGGGAUGCACGAACCCAGAAUAGUUUAAAAGUAUAGUUUAUUAAUAAAAAUUAAAUUUUUUGUCCGAAUUUGGAUGUGCCCCACUAUUUAUGUCGGGCACUUAGAUUUUUUGAUUUGGAAUAUAACUACUUAUAACCUGAUACAUGUGCUGAAAAUUUUUUUUUUAUUUCGAGAAAAAAUACAGAACGAUGUUUGUCGUUGUUCAAGGAGUAUGUACACAAAUUAUCAGAUCACAAUUUUUCUAAAAUUUUCCCUCUUGUCGGAAAAUUUUUUAAGAAAAUUUUGGGUUCCGAUCUACGUCAGACCCUUUUAAAUGCUUUACUUAGUGUGUGUACCAAUUUUCAGCUAAAUCGAUUCAAAAGUAACCGAGAAACACUGUUUUAAAUUUUUUUUUUUGAUAAUACCUCCUCGUCGAUAGCCUAAAAGAAUUAAGUUUUCUGUUCGUUUGCCCCAACAUUUUUGUCAGACAAUUAUAUUUUUUGUUUAAGAAUAUAAUUACUUGUAACCUACUACUUUUGUCGGAAAAAUGGUUGUAAAGAUAAGGGAUACACGAACCCAGCAUAAUUUGAAAGUAUACUUUACUAAUAAAAAUUAAAUUUUUUGUCCGACUGUCGAGUUGCCCCAAUAUUUUUGUCCGACACUUUGAUUUUUUGAUUAAGAAUAUAAUUACUUAUAACCUACUAAUGUUGUCGGAAAAAUGGUUGUAAAUAAAAAAAUUUCAGGAAAUUGACAUCUUCGGCGCGUCCGACUGCGCAUAUGCCCCGUGAAAAUUGUCCGACAAGGUUACCACAUUAUUGUAAAAAUGUUUUAUGGUAGAUACCGUUAAAAUUAUCCAUGUGGUAAUAAAUUUAUUAUUUUCAUAAAUUUGACAUAUUUAGCGUGUCCGACGCGUCAUAUGCCCCAAUAUUUUUGUCCGACAAAAUUGUUUUCGUUGUUUAUAUGAUAAAAACUAUUGAUUAAAAUAGAAUGACCAAUGUGGUAAUCAAUUUUUUUCUUGCAUAAAAUUGACAACUUCGUCACCGCUUGACAGACAAACGCCCCACUACCAUAAUGCGCCAAGCUCAAAAUUUGUCCGACUCCACCCAAAUAACAAGUACAAAAAGUUUCAACGGUGUGGUCAUAAAUAAUAAUUGUAUAUGCGGGCCCAAGGCCUAUAAGUUUACAUUAAUAGAAAUCUUCAAAUAUUAUAUUUACGCCUAUAUGAGGCGCUUAGAGCAACAGUGGCCUAAGCCACAAAUUGAGAAUUUUUAGAUUAAUAUAUCAAUAAGGGCAGCAACAUUAAGGGCCGGUUGUUCGAACGCUAAUCAAGAAGUUGAUUAUAAUCAAUCAGUUUAUUGUAAUCAAUUUUCUUGAUGGGAAUCAAAUCGAGACAUCAAAAAUACAUGUAAAACACUAAUCAUUCAUUGAUUGUAGGUAAAGCAGUAAUUAAAAUAUAGCCGCAGUCGUUAAAUUAUUAAAAAUUGCUUACUAUUGUUAUUGAUUUGUAAGUAAAAACAAUAAAUUAACAUCAGAAAGAGUUUAAUUAUGGUUUAUUUUAGAUUAAAACCAAAAUAAUAAAAUAAAUCAGUCAACAAUGUCAACAUAACACCUCAAAAUGUGACAUCUGUCAGAAGUACGCUUAAUCAAAUAUAAUUGUAAUGAAAUAUUUGAUAAUGAUCAGUGCAUUCCAUUUCUAAUUAGCGUUCGAACAACUAGCCCUAAAUCUUCAGAUUAAUAAGGGUCUACAAAACCUACCUCUAUAUUUGGCUAAAUGGCACUACGUAAAUUGUAGCGCCAUCCCAUAAGCACAAUGGAAAUACGAAUGCAGAGCAUUUAUUUCGAAACUUCGUUUUUGGGGUUAGGCCACUGUUGCUCUGAGCGCCUCAUGUAAUAAAAUAUGCCUAGUGGCUGUAAUUCCAGUGUACUUGGCUAAACGAUUCUAAAAGGAACAGACCUACGACUUAAAUAUUUUGUGUUGGUGUCGUGUGACGUUACCUACUAUGACGCGCAACGGUAUUUAUACUGUACGAACCAUAAGAUGCCACAAGGAAAUAGCUUGAGAACAGUAUACUUACAUGCAAUAGAAAAUUAAGAUAAUUUAGUUAUCAUAAGAAAAUGCAAGACACUUGAAAAAGACGAAAAUCAUAAUUUGUCAUAAUUCUUGAAUCCGUAUUAGACAGACAGUUUAUUUUUAUGUAGCUCCUACUAACCAGGUUAAGCUACUCAAAAGCUCUCAGUUCCAAGUUCCUUUCUCUUUUUUCUUUUGCUUUAGUAUCUAUACGGUGUAUUCCACGAAUAUAAGACUGUUUUGGAUUAUCGCGACAACGAAUAUUUUAGUGUGCAACAUAAGAAGUACGAAAGUACUUUGCUAUAAUAAUUACUCCAAUAAACAACAAUAUAAUUUGCAAUUUACUUUCGUUCUUCAUAUUUUUCACAGUAAAAUAUUCGUUGUCGCGAUAAUCCAAGAGGGUCGUAUAUUCGUGGAAUGGGGAUUACACAUAAUAUUAAAGGCUGGUAUCCUUUUGCGAGGAAGCAUCUUCCCCAGAAAAGAAAUUUUAUUUUGUUGUGAUUUUAUUUUGCUUUAUUAUCAGUUACGUUAAUUAAAUUUCAGAGUUUUUAUUGAAUUACUGAAAACUAACGAGAUUGAUAAAUUUAUUAUAUAUUAUUAUAUAAUAUUAUAUAAUAUAUAUAUAAUUUAUUAUAUAAUACUUAUUUAAAAUAAUGUGAUACCAAUUGGAUUUUUAGACAGUAAAUAUAUAGUUUUUAAGUUAGUCAUAUAGGAUAGUCACAUGAAGUUACCUCUUAUGAAAUUAAUUAUAAACAUCCACGAAAUUAA